AUGUCAUCUGGGAGCGAGAUCUGUAUCUGGCGCCCCAGUUUAGGCACCGACAACGAUCUCCGGGGACGAAAGGACAAAGAGAGCGAGAGACAGGAGAACGGUCGAGGCAAGUCGUCGUCCCCGAUACCUUCGCCCGACUCCUCCAGCGGCCGGCGUGGACGCUCGCGGACGCGUGCAGGAUACCAUACGCUCAUGUCCUCCUUUGGCAAGGCGUUCCAUGUCGAGAAACGAUGGAAGCUUAUUCGCGAGAUGGGGUCCGGAGCGUACGGCUAUGUCAUCUCGGCCGCGGACGAGAUCUCGGGAGAGCCGGUGGCGAUCAAGAUGGUCACUCGCGCGACAGAGAAGGUCCAGCUUGCAAAGCGUGCAUUGCGCGAGAUCACCCUCUUGCGACACUUCAAUCAUGAGAAUAUCACCGGCCUCAUAGAUGUGGACUGUACUCCGGACUUGAGUGAGAUAUAUAUCUUUAUGGAGAUGCUCAGCAAUGAGCACGUCCAGUACUUCCUCUACCAGGUUCUCCGAGGCAUGAAGUAUAUUCACUCCGCGUCCGUCGUACAUAGAGACCUGAAGCCCGGCAAUCUGUUGGUAAACGCCGAUUGUGAGCUGAAGAUCUGUGACUUCGGUCUGAGUAGAGGGUUCAACUCAAAACCGGAUGAGGAGCCGACCAACAUGACCGAGUACGUUGCGACGAGGUGGUACCGUGCGCCGGAAAUCAUGCUUGCUUUCAAGGGGUACAACACAGCUAUCGACGUCUGGUCAGUAGGCUGUAUCUUCGGAGAGCUUAUGCUUGGCAGGCCAGUAUUCAAGGGGAAGGACUAUGGUACCCCGGAGAGCGACGUCGUCGAUCGCAUAGCAAGUCCAAAAGCACGGGCGUACAUACGGUCCCUGCCCUGGAAGAAAAGAGUACCUUUCUCAAAGGUUCUACCAGUAGCAGAUUUCCAAGCUCUUGAUCUCCUUUCCAAAAUGCUCACGUUCGAUCCUGCGGCGCGAAUCACAGUCCCUGAAGCACUCGAACACCCCUGGCUUGCGUCGUACCACGACAUCACCGACGAGCCCGACUGCCCUGAGCCAUUCGAACGGUGGCGAACGCUCGAAGCUAUAGAGACUCUGGAACAGUACAAGGAGGCGCUAUACAACGAGAUACAAGACUAUCGCGGCGAAGUGCGCAGUAUUCCUGUUGAGGAGUCGGAGCCGGAGCCGGAACUAGAACCAGAGCUAGAUUCGGAGCUGCCUCGCCGACCCAGCGCACUACCGUCACCCACACGGGAGAUCAAGCGCAAGCUAGAGGAGAUUCGCGAGAUGGCAGAGAAUCUGCAGCCACCAGGAGUGGACGACGCGGUGUUUCUUGCCACGCCGGAGAUGGCGCAGAGCGUCUUCGAGGGUCUGGAGCCGCCGGCGAAGCCCGAGGAGCGGACGAAGCAGCCCGUUGACCCCAUGGUUGCUUAUUCGCGACGAUCGAGCACGUAUGUUCCGUCGCGGACGAACUCGCUAUACGGCGGGUCCGCAUCUACAUCGUAUCGGCCGACACCGUCGCGUAGGCCGUCUGGCGGCGGUGGCGAGGCCAUCGGUGGGGCAAGCACAGUGGCUUUUCCGACGCAGAAGGAGGACUACGUCGUGCCGGCGCGAUCGAGGACUGCGUCGACAUACGGAUACGAUAGCGCGCGCAGGCUGCUCAGGACACUCUCGACUGUGUCGAUCUACGAGAGUGGGGAGGGCUUUGCAGGUGGGCUGGCGGAUAUUGCUCCCAUUGGGAAGUAUAUUGUGCAGGAGAGAGAUGAGGCACUUCCGUCGGAGAUGCCCGGAGAGCUGGAGUCGCCGCCAAAGCAGGAUGAGUAGACCUCUCGAAGUGUGUUCGAGCGACGUGUACUGUAUGGAUGGACUCGUUGCAGCUGCAUAGAUGACCCAUGAUCUAGAUGUAUCACUAGUGUAGAUAGGCUCAUGUCGACCGCAAUGCAUUCGCUGUGUACUUA